AUGGCAUCGACCACGCCAGCGGUGCCAAGAUGGAGGCACGCGGCAGCAGGGGAGUGGGCGGCGGUGUCCAGCGUGGGUGCGUGGCGGGUGGAGGAGGUCGGGAAGCAUCAGCAAAUGCGACGCACAAGGCUACCGGUGUGCAACCUCCACGCGCUGGACCCAGCACUGUCCUACCCGUCCAGCAUCAUGGGCUGGGACCGCGUUGUCGUGGUCAACCUGGAGCGCAUCCAUACCGUCAUCACCGCCACCGAAGUACUCGUCCCGGGUCCGCGCGACCUUGCCAUCACACCACUUGUCUGGGAGCUCCGCACGAACCUCGAGAACCAGGCAGGCAAGGACGGGGUUGUCUCGCCACCAAGUCCAAGAGAAAGAGGUGGCGACAAGGAUGGACAAGCAUUAGGAAGCGACAAGGCCUUGCCGUUUGAGUUCAGGGCGCUGGAGGUGUGCCUAGAGUUCACAUGCAAGUCCCUUGAACAGGAGGUACAGCCUGCUGCCCUAUUGAUCUUCUAA